CCGAUGGGUAUCUAUUCUUGUCCAUGAAAACGUUUUAUCCUCUCUGUCAACAGGAAGGUGUGUGAAGGGGAUUUGGCAUUGAUUUAUUCCUGUUUCUUCUUACAAGGAGAAGCCGGGGAGGGGUUGGACAGGGUCAAUCCACCAUCAUACACAGUAUUACAUUGUGCCCCGAUAUUGGCCCCAGGGUUAGGAGAAGGGAGGAGAGUCCUUUCCAAGAUCCCCAUACCCGAGGUAAGUAUCAACCUGCUACUGCCUACUUCAGGUAGGCUUCAGGUAGGCAGGUACUUGAGUUACUAGCUGAUGCAUAGGAACUGUAGUACCUACCUAGGUACCUAGGUAUGUACAUUCACAGGGCACAGGAUCACAAGCAAAGUCCUGGUAGGUAUCUGCAGCAGCUUUUUGUGAACGUUCUUGAUGGCCCUGGGACAACAGUAAAUCCAUAUCAGCAACUCCUAAAGGUGCCAGAUAAUAGAAGACAUCCAUAAGAGAUGAGCAAGUAAACUUGGUAGGAGCCUUGGUGGGAGCGGUGGUAGCGGGUGGGGUGGGCUCGGCACAGGCAAACAUCAAGCCGUGUUAGUGCAUUGAAAUGGGGCAGAGGGUGAGAUUAGGUCAAUGGAUGGGGAGUGGCAUGAAAGGAAGUGAUCUUUAUCAGCUGGCUUGGGCUCUGGGGGCCCCAAGCAGGCAGUCACAAAUAGCACUGUUAGGGUCAGUCUAUAGGGCCUGGCUGGCUGUCCGGCAGGGCUGGCUGGCAGUGGGCAGCAGCUAAACACUGGGCUGAGAUUGAGGAGGCAAGGAGGUCUGACGCAGGAGAGCGGCCAGCCAAGCAGGCGGGCGCCCGCAAAAUUUCCCACCCAGCCGUCGUGACUGUCAAUGCAUCAAACAGCCUGCCAUCAGAUCUUCAAUUGACACGACCGGUUUCCAUCAUUCCGAGCGACCCUGCAGGACAUGCGAGGAGCAAGUUGCCUGGCAGAAGAAUGGCAAUGACUGCGACAAGCACUCGCUCUACUCGUAGAGCCGAGCCUCUCGUUGCCCUCCCUCCACUCCCACACGCUCAUCGAACCACUGCCUCUGCCGCUGCCACGCGCCUGCACCAGCAGAACUCCAGCCGGCCCCUCAAGCGCCUGCACGACGCGACAAACCUGAGAUACGACCUCAAAUCCCCAAAGAAGGCCAAGAUCACGGUCGAUAUCCCUUCAAAGAGCCAAUACCAGGCCAGGCUGUUCCCAGAGAAUGUCGACGCCAGGCAGCACCACCGCCAGACCCCGACCCCGACCCACAAGCCCCCUAAACAGGACCAUCGUCACCCUGCCAGCACACCUGCUGCUCCGCGCCCGCCGCCCGCCGCCGCCCCCAGAGCAGCACUCGAGCCUGCACUCGCACCCGCAACCGGCGAUGCAGCCACCACCACCGCCCAUGAUGUCCCCGCGCCCCCUACAAAACACAGAGAGAAGGUCGUCAACGGCAUCAAGCAUGAAUUGGAUCGGCUACAGCCCAGUUCGGCCGACAUGGCUGCCAGCAACGGCCAGGGGCGCAAGCUACGGUCGCAGGAGGGCGUCCGCUUCAAGAGCGAGCUCUCGGCCUACUUUCCCGAGUAUGACGAGGUGAUCGGGAAUGUGCCCAAGGAAGAACACGCCCUGAUGCUCGACACCCCCAUAGCCGUUGUCGACACAUAUCCGUCAUCCGCCUCCACCUCGGCGCCGCGCCACGGGCCCCACCUAGCCCCCUCAACUUUUCCAGUCCGCAACUACGGCGACGAGCUGUUCACAAAUCUCAACGAUUCACAGACAAUCGAUCUGAGCUGGUUAGAGAGCCAGCACAGGGGCAAGACGUUGAGUGAUCCACUGCCCGACUCUUAUUAUGAGUCGAUACACAGGAAGGAGUCUCGAAACGAGAAGAUCACGAGGAACGCCGAGAGGGGACGCUCCCAGCAUGAAAAGGCACAGGUCAUUCGGCUACUCGACGGCCUCAAGGGCCCUGAUUGGCUCAAGACCAUGGGCGUAAGUGGCAUUACAGAGAGCAAAAAGAAACAGUUUGAGCCUGCUCGGGCGCAUUUCGUCCACAAAUGCGAGGUGGUAUUGGGCAAAUUUGCGAAGUGGGCGGCCGAGGAGAAGAGGCUUAAACUCGAGAAGGAGCGCGCUGCAAAAGAGAGCAUCGCCUCAGAGGAGACAGACUCGUCUAAAGCUGAGGAAGGCGACGAACACGACGAGGUUUCGGAACGGUCGGCGGACGAAGUGGAAGGCGGCGAAGAGGAUGGCGGAGAGGCGGACAACAGCGACAGUGACCCGCCUGACAUGAGCGACGUCGAUGCAUCGGCCAAGCAACUGCAUGAGGAGGCCAUGGAAAGGUCCCGCAUGGCUGCGAAAUCAGCUAGAAGACGUCCGCCCCGGGCCGUGUCACCACUGCCGCAACCAGAGUUCACGUCGUUCUUCAAGAAACCAUACCAGCGAGAUGCUGCGCUCAACAAGUCUCGUCGACGUGGGAGGACGGUGCUGGCGUGGGGCCAGGCUCUACCUGAGCUCGAGGAGCACGACUUUGUGCUCCCAGAGGAGUAUCGAGAUGAGGAAAUGCUCAAGGCGCGGGAGCGGAGACUCAGGAUCCUUCGACGUGGAUCAAGGCAUCGUGGCUGACAACAGUUAUGUUGGGAUGUGGUCUGGGAGGAAGAGGACGGCAGGGCAUCGUCUUUGUAACGUGGGAAUCUUAGUAGCCAGCGGUCAGGGGCUCACAGGUAGGCGUCACGGCAGCGGCGUAGUUGUAGGGAUCGUUUCAGUAGGUGAGCUUGAGGGAAUAGGAAUUAUACAGACCAAGAUACCAAUACCAGCUGAUGACACGGUACGUUUGUGUGCAGGUAGUGUGGUUUUGCUGGUUUAUACAACAGCCGAGCCACAUUCACCAAAGUGCCCUAGGAAUUGACAGUGGAUUGGUUUGUUUGUAUCAAUGGGCAACGGGCCAUGAGCAGCAGUGUGCCCUGCCAUUGCCCCAAAUCGGAGGCUGAAAACGGGCGAGACAGCAAGA